UAAGGGCUUGUCGCGUUUAAACACUUCCGUAUCAUUUCGAACGCGCACCCGAGGCGACCUCAAAUGAUUCUUUUCUAAUCGUCUUCAUCGCGCACUCGCCGUGGAUCCGCGAUGUUGUGGAGCUAGUCUGGUGGUUGAGUUCAGAUGACGUGACGAGAUCAGUGACGAUCGUAUCCGCCAGCUCGGAAGCUACGAAGGCAUCACUAAUAAGCGUCAGCAUUCGCCGGCUUCUUCGACCCGCGAAACUUUGCAAGGCCUCCUCCGAAUUCGCAACACGAUUGCCAAAAAGCACACAGGCAUGCGUCUCUUCCUAAUCUAUUCGGCCGUAUCGCUGCUGGGGUCAUCUACCGCUUAUCGCGAAUGUGCCGGCGCGCAAGACGUCAUCGCCGAGCUUCAACUCGAGCCAAACCCGGAGAAGGGCUACUAUCGACAGACCUUUGAAGAUACUGACAGCAUCGGCAAUCGCUCAUACUCAACCGCCAUCUACUACUUACUCGAAGGCCAGGUUGGUCCAUCUUACUGGCAUCGCGUUACCGAUGCUGUCGAGAUCUGGCACUUUUACGCUGGUGCCCCCAUGAAGCUAGAGUUAUCGUGGAACAACGGCACUGCGACUCAACAGCAGAUCCUGGGGAGCGACAUCUUCAGAAAUCAGACGCCGCAAGUAAUCAUUGCAAAAGGCCAGUGGCAGCGGGCGACAAGUCUAGGCAACUGGACGCUUGUGGGCACGACAGUCGCGCCUGGCUUUUCGGACGAUGGUUACGAGUUGCCGGGACCAGGUUUCAUGCCGGACGACGGCCAUUGAUUCCACAGUCUGUAUUGAAGCAGGGACACAGCUACGCCCUCGAACCUAGAGAGCCUCUGCGAACCCUAAGCUUGCCACAUCGUCGGUGCAAGAUUACCGAUGAUGCUGGCGUCGGUCAUGCUCACCGACCUCGCUACCACGACCCAAUUUGAAGAUUGCUCGCAGACCUAACGUCCGUAGCCAUUCGCAAGAUACACCUAGAAACUAUGUUGAAUACAAGUAUGACUGCGCACAUGGCUCAAAGCUGCCAAGCCCUGUUAGGUUCGCUCGGUGUAGCGACACUCCCGUCUGCAGUGCCUAUGGCGUGUGACCGGAAUUUCCCAGUACGACCACAUCACGACCAGAACGCUCAAAACAAGAGAAGGCGUCUACGUAUAGAGUCUCAUUUUAUCAGGAGACAGUGGGCUGGACGAAGCGCACAUGAUGUCCGUUUUCUUUUUGCCCGCCGCCGGACUUC